AUGAUUUGCAGCUAUUCAUACAUCGUGGAGAAACAACCAAUUGGAAAGUUGUUAUUUCACGAUUUCUGUGAAGCUACCAACAACCAGUACUAUCAAUCUUGUGUGUUUCUGAAUAAGGUCGAAGAGUACGAGACAUCCGAUGAUGACGUUCAGUGUCGGCGAAAGCUGGCACGAGCCAUUGCCGGACUUCUUGCCCCCGGCGGUGAUACCCCUUCAUCGUCACAACAUGACCACAGCCCUUGGUGUUCAUUUCUGCCUGAAAAUGUUGUUAAUUCUGUUCUUGCCGCUGCCGAUUCUGCCACGCAUGACCAAGAGCCACGAUCGGAUCUUUUUGCUGAGGCCUACAAAUUGGUUCGUGCUUAUCUGGCAGACCAACCCUUCAAACAAUUCCUCGAUUCCAUCCAAUUUUACCGUUACCUGCAAUGGAAAUGGCUAGAAAAACGACCUGUUGAUAAGCACACGUUUAGGCUCUACAGAGUUCUUGGAAAAGGUGGAUUCGGGGAAGUAUGUGCAUGUCAGGUAAGUGCUAUGUAAUA